UUCUUCAGUUUUGACCAAUUUAAAGCGGAAUUUUUUUUUCUGGGUAUUUCAUUUACUGAGUGUGGAGAUGGAGUCACUUAUGAGCAUGGAAGCUUUUGUUUCACUGCUUAAUUUGAAAGCCAGAGAAUUUCUUAUGGAACGGAAUGCUGAUGUGGGCAAAGAUAUAAUUAGCACAUUACCUGACUCUAUUCUACUUCACAUUCUUUCCUUCCUUCCCAUCAAAGAUGUUUUAAGAACUUCUGUAUUGUCGACAAGAUGGAAAUAUCUUUGGACUUCUAUUUCCAAUAUUGAUUUUGAUGAGACUAGUAAUAAUUUUCCAUCAGGCAUGAGGGCAAGCAUUCGGGAUUCAGUGAAUAAAGUAUUUCUCCUCCAUGAUCCUUCAAGUAUACAAAAGUUCCGUCUUAGGAGUAGAAGGAGUGUCAGCAGAUCACGUCUUAAUUCAUGGGUAUCGACUGCAAUAAGUCAUAAGGUUGAAGAGCUUGAUCUUGACUUGCCUGUUUCACCAUCCUUUAAGUUGCCUGAUACCCUUUUUACCUCUGAUACGCUCAGCAUAUUGAAAUUGAAUAUGGAAAUAGUGUUCAAGGUUCCCAGGUUCACACGCUUCUCAAACCUUAGAACUCUAUCUCUAAGGAAGGUUAAAUUUCAAGGUAACCAAUAUGCUGAACAUCUUUUUUCUGCUUGUCUAGUUCUCCAAGAGUUGGUUUUAUACAAAUGCGUUUUGGUGGAUACCACGAGAAUCACCAUUUCUAUUCCUACUUUAAGGAAAUUGGAAAUCCGUCGUCCUCUCCCCCUAGACUAUCAAUUAUAUGGAUGUUGUGUCACAGUUUGUGCAGAAAAUCUGAUCUCUCUUAGUUGCAAAAGGUGUGCAGUAGUUGAACUUGUACUAAGUAACCUAUCUUCAAUGAAGGAUGCAUAUAUUGAUGAAGAAUGUUCCGGAUAUCAGGAUAAUGAAUUUACUAGACGUGUUAUAGAAGUAUUAGGUGGAAUGCAUAAUGUCCAGUCGCUUAGAUUGUCAUAUGAUACCCUUCAGGUGAUUAAGAAGAUGUACGAUUAUACAAACGAGGAAGUGUUGAUGUCCUUUCUUGAGAAAUCACCUAAUGUAAAAACUCUUGAGUUACCUGAGGUUUGG